AUAGAUGAUUUCGAAGAGUUCAGACUACCGUGUAAAGUGAUAGAGUGUUGUGUAUUGUAGAUUUAUAAGAUUAAUUAUUUCUGCUUUACAAGUAAGUUUAAUGUGUAAAAAUGUCUUCGUUUACAUUUGGAACGCCUACUAUAACGUCGAGUAGUUCAGGUUUUGGAUUCGGAACUCAGAGCACGUCCUUUACUUCAACAACUCCAGCAACUGGGUUAACAUUCGGAACAUCAACUCCAGCUACUACUACUGGCCUAACCUUUGGUUUUGGAGCAACACCGGCAACUUCUGCACCAAGUCAACCAGCUACCACCUUGUUAGGAGCAGGAACAGUCACGACAACGGCAACGCCUAAUUUAUUUUCAACUCCAACUACUUCUGCCCCUUUAUUUACAGGGCGUAAUUUUGGAACACCUGCUCAAAACACAACAUUAAAAGGACCUUUAAAUACCACACCUGCGACGGGAGGUUUAAUGUUUGGAACUGCUACCAGUGCACCAUCUCUGUUUGGUUCUAUUAGUAGUGGUGGUUUAGUGGGUACAAAAUUAACAACCACUACGACUACGACCUCGACCACAAGUAGAGGAUUAGGUGGAUUAGAUGUUUCUGUUAAUAAUAAAGGUCUUUCCCAAGGAAGCAAUAGUCCAACAGCUGCAAAAGAAAAUUUAUUACCAAAUGAACUGAUGCAAACCAUAGAUAAAUUCAAAGAAUUUGUAAAAACUCAGAAGGUUUUAUCUUCUGAUAUAGCAAGAGGUUCUGCGAGACCAUUAAAUCGCUGUGCAGAGGAUACUGCAUCAUUAAUGGAAAUUUUAACUACAUUAGCAGGAUCUGUUCAACGAGAUCGUGCUUUUGCCGAUAAGUUAAAGCAAGAUACAGCAAAAGCAUUACAAAAUGCGGAAAUAGCUCAAAGAACAAACGAUACACCACCUGGCUUACAAUAUGAAAAUAAUGCGCCGCUUCUAUUUUUCAUGGAAUUAACUGAGAAUUUCGAACAUGACUUAAUGUUAUUUAGAUCUCAAAUUGAAACAACAGAAAAACAUAUACAAACUAUGAUGACACCAAAGACCUUAACUCCACAAGAAUUAACUAUGGCUAUGAGUAAACUUCAUGAGUCUUUAGUUGCUGUUGCUGGAAAACUGCAAGGUGUACAUUCAAAAGUACAACAACAAAAGGAACAAUAUUUAAAUUUUAGAAAAUACGUGUUAAAAGAUAACACAAAUGUUUUUGAUGAUGUUAAGACAAAUGACAAAUCAUUGCGGAACAGUAUAGGAAGAAUUACUAGUGGUCCAACACCUUUUAGUCCAGGCAACAGAAGCUUCCUAUCUUCAACAGCAUUGAAUACCGCUCAAGCAACCAGUUAUGAUGCGCGAAAUCCUCUAGGUCUUGCGUGGAUCUAGUGUAAGGUAGAAAUUACUAACAUUUAACGUCCUUAUUAAGUACUGUAGAAGUAAUAUAUACAAGACAUGAAACUGCUCUGUGAUUUGUCUUUUUUAUACAUAAUACAUAUAUAUAUUUUUUCUUUGUUUAUACAUAUUAUUUUUAUUAUUUGAUUUUAAUUUUGCGUUUGCAGGGGAAAAGUAGAGGCUGUAUUUUAGUUAUUGAGGUAUUGAAUUUUACUUUCUUUUUUGUGAUACAAACUAUGGGAAAAAUUAUGGAGCUUUUCUAUAUAAUAUUUUGGGAGCAAACUUGUGUUUGUCAGAUAUAAAAUAUUAUAUUUGGGUAUAUAUAUAUAUAUUAACUAAGAAAAAGAAAUGAAAAGUUUUGUCUUUUGCUUCUUAAGGAAUGGCUGUGUAUUUUAUGUAUGCUUUAAGUGCUCCUGCUUUACCAUCAAAGUUGAUAUAAUAAUACUUGCAUUAUUCAAGAAGUGGUGGUAAAAUUUGUAUGUAAAGAUAAUAUUUCUGCUAGUAUCUCUUAACUAGCAGAAUCUUUAGUGUAAGUGUAAAGAUGGGUAAGAUGUAGUUUAUGUAAUUCAGGAAUUAUUCAAAUCUAGGAAAAAAUUGUAGUAGUUACAUUAGCAAUUUUUGCUGAUUAUUUCUAUUACAUAUCAAUUAUGGAUUAAACCUGCAGAUAAUGUGUAACACUCAUUAAUGAUUCUAUGAAUUCAUGGAAAACAUCCAACAGCUUCAGCUAAUGUACGUGCAUUUAAGUUUACCAUGAUCUUUUGAUGAAUUCGUUUUGAUUAGUAACUAUGUUGUUGCAGUUUGGGGAACUACAACACCAGUCCCUUCUGCUAUAAAUACAACCAUAGAUUCAUCUGUCAAGCCACCAACAGCAAGCUUGAACUUCAACGCGCCAACAAAUCUUACUGCACCUUUGUCAACAAUUGAAUCAAAUUCAAGUUUCCAACUGCAAAAACCACCGAUUGGAAAUAAAAGAGGGAAACAUUAAUUUUA